AUGAAGGCUUGGAAAUUACAAGAAUGCGUUGCUCAUUCGCCUGGCUCGGUUACUGCUGUCACAUUGGGUCGUAAAUCUGGUCGUGUGAUGGCCACAGGAGGAGAUGAUCGUCGUCUAAAAUUGUGGGCAGUUGGAAAGCCUACUUGUAUAUUAACUCUUACAGGACAUACAUCAUCAAUAGAGGCUUCCGAAUUUAGUCAAGAGGAGGACCGCAUUGCAGCUGGGUCAUUAUCAGGUUCUGUUCGUAUAUGGGAUUUAGAAGAAGUAAAAAUUAUCCGGGCACUAUCUGGCCAUACUUCAGCUAUCAAAACUCUAGACUUUCAUCCUUAUGGCAAUUUUGUGGCAUCUGGUGCAAUGGAUACCUUAGUAAAACUUUGGGAUGUAUCUCGUAAAGGUUGUAUUAACACUUAUCGUGGUCAUUCUGGAUCUGUGAAUAUGAUUCGCUUUUCUCCGGAUGGAAAAUGGAUUGUGUCUGCAGGAGAAGACGGUGUAAUCAAACUAUGGGAUUUAUCAGCUGGUCGGCAGUUGGCUGAAUUAGUUGGACACACUAGUUCUGUUGUAUCAGUUGCCUUUCAUCCUACAGUCUUGCUUCUAGCAACCGCUUCAGCUGAUCAUACUGUUCGUUUGUAUGACUUGGAGAAUUUCACACAAGUUGCAGUCAGUGGGCCUGAAUUAAAUGCUACAACUGUACGGCGUAUUGUAUUCCAUCCAAAUGGUGUGUGUUUGUAUGUUGCUACAAAUGAUCACCUGAGAAUAUACGAUUAUGAAAGUAUGUCUUGUCUGGAGACUGUCCAUGUGGGUUGGCGUGGUGGCGGUGGUCUAGAUGACAUGGCUGUGGCACCAAGUUUCAACCAGCUUGUUGGUGUAUGCUUAUCGAAUUCCGUUGUCACUACCUAUGUGGUUGAUAUUAAAUCAUGUAUACCAUUCAAUACGAAUUCUAAUGAUCAUAUUAUUGAUUCCAGUAAAAGUAGCUGUGCGCAAGUUACUUCUCAGUUGGCAAGUAGCAGUGUAAAUACAGUGGUCAAUGAUUGUUGUAACAAUAAUGUCAAUCAUAUCCAGUCCAUGCAAUCUGUACAGCAAAUGGGUGAUAAUAAGAAUCUUGUUAGUAACUCUCAACAGUACAAUCAACGUCCAUUCACACGUUGUGGUUCACCAAAUUCAAAAAUUCAGAGUCGUAAGAGUUUUUGUCUUGUCGCUCAAGAGAAUCUUCAAAGUGUUAUGAGUGAAGAUCCCAACGAUCCAGAUGCUGCUCUACCCUACCAACCAACUAACGAAGAUAGUGAUUCACUGAAUACAGCUGAUAUAACCGAUCCAGAUGAGUAUGAUAGAAUAUUCAAACCACACCAUUCUGUUCCACGUACUCCGUCUCAAACUAGGGCGACAUCUAGGGGACAUGCGCCAACUGAAAGUGAAUCUGGUUCAACGUUGAAACCAAGUAUUAACCCUCUUCCUACAUCUUUAAGCAGUGUAAAUUCCAAAGCUUCUGAAACCAAAUGUCUCCAGUCAAAUAUCAUAUCAGACGGAUAUACGUCGGACAGGCCAUUUACUCCCCCAAAUACCACUUCAACUUCUGCUUCUAAAAAGCCAAAUCAAAGUUAUGUUUCUUUGGCAGGUCGUAAAACUCCAAAGCCUACACAACAAUCUCAAGUAGUUGAUGUGGAAGAAUUUUUACCUCAAUCACCUCCAAUGAUGAUGGACUUUGCAUUAAAUCCAGCUAUUCAAAAUACAAAAGCUCCAACAUCUGACAAAAGUAGUAACCUUCAUGAACUAUCAGAAGCAGAACUGUUAUUAAGAAUUCGAAAACCUCAUGAUCCUUUUAUGAAAGUUAUGUCAUCACGUGUCAAGGGUUUGUCCACUGUUCGUGUAAUGUGGAGUCCAGGAAAUGUGAAGACAGCCGUUGAAUCUGCUAUAAUGAUGAAUGACUCCGCUAUUUUAGUCGAUGUAUUGGGUAUAUUAGCUAAAAACAGCAAAUAUUGGACUUUAGAUUUAGUCAGUUUUCUCUUACCUCAGUUAGUCGGAUUGAUUCACAGUAAAUACACAACUCAUGUUGAAACAACCUGUCAAAUAGUCCGUUUAAUAAUCAGGAAUUUUGCACAAGUUAUUCGUCAAACUCUUGAAGGUCCUAUACCACCUGGUGUGGAUUUGAUGAGGGAAGAAAGGCGUCGAAAAUGUCAAGACUGCAUGUCACAUCUUCUUACGAUACGUUCAGCGUUAGGCACAAAAGAUGUUGCUAGUAGAGCUGGUCAGUUUGGUCGUGAGUUGAAUGUGAUGUUUCAGCUCUUAGUAUGA